ACCGGUGCAAAAUCAAAUAAAACGUAGAUAACUAUCAUCUAUAGAAAACGCAGUAGAACCGACAUUAAACAAUCAUUGUUGCAUGAAUAUUAAUUACCUAUCAUGCCUGGAGAUGAUAAUUUGCCUGUGAUAUUAGUCAGCGCUGCUGAUAAUGCUUCCGCAUCAGCAAUAAUAUCAGAGUUGAUGCAUGCCGGCACCGAGCCUAAGUGCAACGGUGUGUCACACGACAGCGACGAGGAACAGGAUUCGGCGCCCAUAUGGCACCUUACUAACAAAUACUACAGUGCGUCAGUGCGUUUGCGGGCCCUGGCCGACAGUUGCGAACCAGAUCCUAGGGAUGAUGUGCAGGCACAUGUUAUAUACCUUACUGAGGAUGAGUGUUCAGACGACACCGCCUGCGUGCGUCGCGCGGCAGCCGCGCGAGCGUCCCGCAACGCCGUCCGUCUCAUCGCCGCGCGAAUAGACCACGAACCACCCGCCCUAGCGACAUGGGCGCGCACUUCUCACUACGAACUGGUGCCGCUACUAGCGCCACCUGUCGAACAAGAUGAGGAUUUCCCUGAGACAAUAGGAGUAGCGCGUUUGCGUGAGGCGCUGCAUGCACAUGCGUGGCCGGGGAUGCGGCGCGCUGGGGCUGUUAGGGCGCCCGCGCCGGACUUAAAUGAUGACUCAUCGUCAGACUCCUCAUCGUGGGGUUCGUGGAUGGGUGGGGACGAGGCGGGCGCAGUGGAAAGAGCUGAGCAGUUUGCAGAUGCACUGGGCAUGCUCCCGGCGCGGCGCGCUGAAGGUGACGACGACGCUGCUCGGAGGUUACACGCAGAACAACUGGUGGUUGCUUUCUGUCGCGCGUUAGGGCACGACUUGAACUUGGAUGGGGACUUAUAGAAACUCUUAAGACAAUUCUCCAAUUGCUUCUACUGAGCUACUGAGACCUAGCUGUCUGUGGCAAAUACUCAGUUGUUAGAACAGCGGGUCGAGUCACGCCUUGGCGGUAAAUUUUUCGUUUUAUUCUUAAAAAAAAAAAUGUGUUUUUAAGCAGACUGGUCCUUAUAGGUAUUGAAGAGAAACGUUUUUGAAAUGAAGAGUUAGCCUAAGAAUUGGCCUAGGCGAUACUUAACCCCGCAACCUUUAUUUCUUUACAAUUGGCAUAUUGGCAUGGAAAUAACGGUUCCAAAGAAACAUAUAUGUUCAUAUGAUUUUAAAAAAAUACCCAAUUUCAGUAUAAAUAUUAGGAUUAUUAAUAUUUUCAAUAAAAUAAGUGUAAAUUCCUCCAAUCGGCCAUUUUAACUGAAACACCAAUCAGAAGCGAGCCAAACCGUGACGUCACCCCUCCAUGAUAUAUUUUUUUGAGCAGCAUAGACAACCUUAUUGACUGUAAUUCAUAAGUCGUCGUGUGGCCUCAGAAUACAGAGCUGCUACAUAAAUUUGAACCAUAUAAAUAGGACGGUAAAAUUUAUUUUGAAACGAGUUUGUUCCCGUUCAGUCAGUAGCGGUAGCAUUGGUAAUCGCUGAACAAAAGAAACAAUGGCUUUUGUUUAACAGAUUUGGGUGUGAGGUGUAAAAAUCAUUGGAGAAAAUUUAUACUAUAAGGCGAGGUAAUAAAACGCUCGAAUUCGUGUUGUAUGCGUAUAUUUGUAAAAAACGAUACAAACGCAGAUAUGUGCGACGCUCGGGUGAGGCGGGUUCGCGCGGAUAAAAUGUACCCA